UUUAUUUAUUAUGCGCUCUAUAUACUGUUGCAUCAGGAGUCGUUGUACCUCAUCUCUUGGGGUUCCUAAGAAACGUUGACUAUUUGCUUCUCGAAGUCCUUUCAAGGUUCAACCAUCAUCAUCGUCAUCAGCAAUCAUGGCCAGAAAUUCACAGCAGUCGGGAGAGAAGCGCAGCAAUGAACGUGGGCGAUGCUGUUCGGGUAUCUGCUGCUGUGUGUUGUGUGUGGCCGAUACUCUUAGAUGGAUCCCCGUCUUGUUCAUAUCUGCGAUUGUCGCGUGGUCCUACUAUGCGUAUACUGUCGAACUAUGUUUCUAUGCAAUCGACGACGUCCUUCAAAGAACCAUCUACCUGGUGUUCUAUCACAUUUGUUUCGUACUGUUCGUGUGGUCCUAUGGCAGCACCAUCUUCACAGACCCAGGUUCCCCACACAAGAGGUUCUACCUGUCACUCACCCAACUAGAACAGCUGACAGACAGUCAGAACGAACAGGAGGAGAAGGCAGUGUUGAAUAAGGCUGCCUCAAAUCUACCCAUCUUGUGCAGACAAGUCAAUCUAGAUGUGAGAUACUGCAAGCCCUGUACAUUGGUUAAGCCAGACAGAUGUCACCACUGUUCAAUAUGCAGAAAGUGUGUGUUGAAAAUGGACCACCACUGUCCAUGGGUGAACAACUGUGUCGGGUUCCACAACUACAAGUUCUUCAUCCUUUUUCUAUUCUACGCCACUGUCUAUUGUCUUUAUGUGACCUUGACUGACAUGCCCUUUUUUGUCAUGUACUGGCAGUUGAAGAGGCAUAAUGAUGAUAUAUCUUUAGGACAUAGGAUGCAAGUGAUAUUUCUUGGCCUGGUGGCGGCCAUGUUCAUUCUCGGAGUGCUAUCUCUCUUGUGCUACCAUAUCUAUCUGCUGCUGAACAACAAAACCACAAUAGAGAGCUUCAGAGUGCCUAUAUUUAUACAUGGGACAGACGAGGAUGCUAAGAGGGGCUUCGGCAUUGGAUGGAAGAAUAAUUUUGUGCAAGUUUUUGGAACAAAGAGAAGGUUUUGGAUCCUGCCUGUUUCCACAUGUCUUGGAAACGGAAAUUCAUUCCCAGUAGCUGACUGUGAGCCGGAGUCAGGUCUCCUUCUUAACGACAGUGCCGAUGAGUUCAUGGAACAGCAGCUAUUUCCUCCUGAUUCUUACCCCAGAAUAGACUUCAAUCCAUCAGGGAGAACUUGUCCUAUGAAUGGAGCUAAACUGACUAUAGAUGACGAAGAUGAUGAAGAUUUAUUAAACAAUGUUGAGAUGUCGCAUCAUGGUAGAAAUGGAGCUUCAGUUGAACCCAAAGUGGCGGUGAACGAACAGACAGUAUCACCUGCAAAAUCACACCAAAUUCCUAGUGCUAAUGAGCUGCGAAUGCAUGAUAAUUUUGUCGAUGCUCAAAAUUUUGAGGAAGUUGUAAUUGAUGGAGGCGCAGAAGAACACGUGUGAAGUAAUGUUUGAACUGCAUGUUGCGUUGUUUUCAUAAAAAAGAAGCCGUCUAAAGGAAAGCGCUGGAGUGAAGUUACGGAAACAAUCCUGUAUUACAAAAUGUGUGCAUUACUCAAUAAUUGAUUUUCGAUGUAGUAAUACAAUUAUGUCCUCGGCUUAAAACAUCUUGCAAACUGGUUAAAAAUAAAUUCAUAUUUAGCUUAAGUGUCAUUUUAAUACAUAAAAUAAUUUGAGAGCUGUCA